GCAAAAUCGUUAGAGGCUACUUGCUGUCCUGUUUCUUGCUGAUUUGUUUGAUAACAGAAUCACAUUACAUGAUAUCGUUUGCUUGUUAAAAAGUUUUCAAACUAGAAAAAUUCUUACAUUUCUUUUGGAAAAUGAGAUUCUCUCUGAGUAUUCAGAAAUAGUAUAUGUAUUUCUAGUUUUUGUGUAAUUUUUCAGUAAUUGCAUUUUCGAUUGUAAUAAUUCGUUUAGAGGUUCGAAAAAUUCAAAGACAUGGAGAAUAAACCACAAUUCAACCUACCUCUUAGUCUAUUUGAAAACAAAGAGCUCCGGUCCCGUAUCAGGAGUUCCAUGGGUAUCGGUUAUUGGAAUGCAUAUACUAAAACUGAAAAGUAUUUAUCCGAGAAACCAACAAAUUUAGAAAUUGAUUCUGCGGAAUUAGCUAAGCAUAAUAAACCUGAUGAUAUGUGGGUAGCUUUAGAUCAUCAAGGAAAAACUGCAGUUUAUGAUAUCACGAAAUUUGCUGCAUAUCAUCCUGGUGGUAUGGAUAUUCUAUUGGAAUAUGCUGGAACUGAUGCUUCCGAAGCAUUUCGUAUGG